AUGAAUCAAGCUGUGUGCAAAGUGGUUCUGGAACUGACUGGAAGCCGUUGGUUUCAGGAGGAAGUGACUGAAGUUGCGAGACCUGGUCUGGACAUUAGUGUUUCCAGUAUCAGGGUGACUGAGGCUGUGAAAAAUGGGGACUCCCUGGUUUUUGUAGUGAAAUCUGAAGAGUUGUCCAGCAGCCAGGGGCAUCAUGUUGAAAGGACAUUUGAGGACUUUGAGUGGCUGCAGCACUGCCUGUAUACGCAGGAAGAGGUCCCAGGGCUGCAGGGGAUCAUAUUUCCACCUCUGCCUGCAAAACCUGUUACGUCUCAAUCAAACUCACAGGCAAAAGUCCUUAAACAGCUUGGCUUCUUGGCAAUGGGAGAGGACUGGAAAACCUACUGCAAGGCCAUGCAGAAGUACCUCCAGCUGGUGGCAGCACACUCCAUGCUCAGCAAGAACAAAGCACUGCUGGCUUUCCUCACGGACAGAGAGCCACCUGAGAGGCAGCGUGUUAGAAAAGGGCUCUUCAAUCGCCUCAGCCAGGCUGUGGAGGAGAAGAGAAAGGAGAACCACAAGGACAUUGAUGAUUUUUUUCAGAAUGAGAGGGAUGACAACUUGACUAUCACAGGAUUUACCAGGGCUGCAACAGAGAAAUUCCUUGAUAUGGUUCUGACUGAACAGAAAAUAGCUGUGGCGUGUGGACACUUUUCUGCUUCCUUGAACCUGGGUGUUGGGCAAGAAGAAGACCCUGCUCUUGUGGCCUUUUCAAAGAUAUGUCUGAAACUGUCUGAAAUUUUUGAUACAGUCAAGACAAAUGUUGAACGUAUUGCUGAGAAUGACAUGAACACGCUUGGCUUGGCCCUGGACCUGGAUCUCCGUUAUCAAGAAGCAGAGAAGGAAAUGCUAUUCCAGAGGACCUGCAAACUGGUGGAGUUGGAGAAUGCCAAUAAAAACGUGGAGAAAGCCAAGCCAGUAAAGAAAACAACAAUGGAGGAAAUCAAAAAGGCUGUUGAAAAAGAAUUUGAUCACAUUUCUGCAGUGGCUAAGACAGAGAUUGAGAGGUUUCAUGCUAUGCGUGUGGAGGCAUUCCAGCAGUCACUGACAGAGUGGUGUGAGAGUCAGCUCACUACCACCAAGGAGAGCGCUGCCCUCCUCGCCCAGCACCUUGCUGCCUUCAGGCAGCUGGCUGCUGAGUAG